AUGGCUGCCUCCACCAUGUCUGUCUGCUCUGAUGCCUGCACCCACUCCUCCUGGCAGGUGGACGACUGCCCAGAGAGCUGCUGUGAGCCCAGCUGCUGCCAGCCCAGCUGCUGCCAGUCUAGCUGCUGUGUCCCCAGCUGCUGCAAGCCCAGCUGCUGCCAGUCCAGCUGCUGUGCCUCAGGUCCCUGUCUAACCCUUGUCUGCACCCCAGUGUGUUGUGGGUCCAGUCCCUGCUGCCAAUCUUCAUGCUGCCAGCCAGUGUGCUGCUCCUGCUCCCCCUGCCAGCAGUCCUGUGGUGUGACUCUUUGCUGCAAGCCUGUCUGCUGCACACCUGUCUGCUGUGGAUCUUCCUCAUGCUGCCAGCAGUCUAGCUGCCAGUCCUCUUGCUGCCAACCAUCCUGCUGUGCGGCUGUCUGCUGCACACCUGUCUGCUGCACACCCGUCUGCUCUGGAUCCUCCUCAUGCUGCCAGCCACCCUGCUGUGCACCUGUCUGCUGCAAGCCUGUCUGCUGCAAGCCCUGCUCCAGCAUGUCCCUGCUCUGCCGCCCUGUGUGCAGACCCGCCUGCUGUGUGCCCACCUCCUCCUGCUGUGCCUCCUCCUGCCAGCCCAGCUGCUGCCGCCCAGCCUCCUCCUGUGUGUCCCUGCUCUGCCGCCCUGCCUGCCCCUGCCCUACUUGCUGAGGCUUCUCUUUGUGUAAGAAUCUAGCUGUUGAGUAGGCU